CAGCAAGACAGGCCUUAUUAACUGUGUUAAUAUGUGCCAUUUGGAAUAGUUAAACUCCUUUGAAUAAAGAUAAAAACAGCAGCACUGGGAAGGUUUGCCACAUUUUAAUGAGCAUGGACUUGACAGCUGAGAGUCACUCCAUUCCUCUGAGUGAUGGAAACAGCAUACCUUUAAUAGGACUAGGAACUUAUGGGGAUCCCCGCACGACACCUAAAGGAACUGCUUAUGAAUCAGUCAAAGUGGCAAUUGAAACAGGGUACCGACACCUUGAUGGGGCUUUGGUCUAUUUCAAUGAACAUGAGGUGGGACAAGCUAUAAGGGACACAAUUUCAGAUGGAACUGUGAAAAGAGAGGACAUCUUCUACUGUGGGAAGUUAUGGAACACAUUCCAUUCCCCAGAAUUGGUUCGACCUGCUUUGGAGAAAACUUUGAAAGCAUUACAGCUGGAUUACGUCGACCUCUACAUUGUAGAAAUGCCCACAGCCUUCAAGCCAGGAGAUACAUUUUACCCCAGAGAUGAGAACGGGAAGUACAUUUAUCAUGAGACCGAUCUUUGUGCAACAUGGGAGGCUUUGGAGAUUUGCAAAGAUGCUGGGCUGAUAAAGUCUCUUGGAGUAUCCAACUUCAACAGGAGACAACUGGAGUUGAUCCUAAACAAACCUGGGCUGAAACACAGGCCCGUGUCGAACCAGGUUGAAUGCCAUCCCUAUUUCACUCAGCCAAAGUUGCUUGAGUACUGCCAGCAGAAAGACAUUGUUGUUGUGGGAUACAGCCCUCUGGGGACAUCUAGAGACGCAUCGUGGGUUAACCUAAAAUGCCCCCCGUUGUUGGAAGAUGAGCUCCUGGCUUCAAUUGCUAAAAAGUAUAACAAGAACACAGCCCAGGUGGCAUUGAGGUUCAACGUGCAGCGAGGAGUGGUGGUCAUCCCAAAGAGCUUCAACCCUGCUCGCAUUAGCGAGAACUUUCAGAUAUUUGACUUCUCACUUUCUGAGGCUGAGAUGAAGGCAAUUGAGGGAUUGAACAAGAAUAUUCGUUUUGUGGAGCUUCUCAUGUGGUCUGAUCACCCAGAGUAUCCAUUUCAUGAUGACUAUUAGAUACCACAGAUGUCAAGACUUCAAAUACAUUUGAUAAAGAAUAAGCUGGCUUGUUCAUUUUGUUGCAUGCUUUUACAUGCUGUGCCUUUUCUUUAAAAUAAUUUGAAUAGUCAUUUUUAUCGUGCAUGAAAUAAAAUAUUUCUGAGAU